AUGUCAGAUCUUGAGAUUGUUAUAAGUAGCCGCAGCUCUCAUGAAGAUGAAAAUCCCUGCACUUUUAAUCAGCAUACAGAUCCCUCUGAGAAGCUUCUAUUAGAAGACCAGAUGAGGCAUAAACUCAAAUUUUUUUUCAUGAAUCCUUGCGAGAAGUUCUGGGCUCGAGGUAGAAAACCGUGGAAACUUACCAUACAAAUUCUAAAAAUUGUCAUGGUGACUAUCCAGCUGGUCACAUUUGGGCUAAGUAACCAGAUGGUGGUAGCUUUCAAGGAAGAGAACACCAUUGCAUUCAAACACCUCUUCCUCAAAGGCUAUGUGGACGGAAUGGAUGACACAUAUGCAGUGUACACACAAAGUGAUGUAUAUGAUCAGAUCACCUUCGCAGUGAACCAGUACUUGCAGCUGCGCAACAUCUCAGUUGGGAAUCAUGCUUAUGAGAACAAGGGCACAGAGCAGUCUACUAUGGCAAUCUGUCAGCACUUCUACAAGCAAGGAAACAUCUGUCCUGGAAAUGACACCUUUGACAUUGAUCCAGAAAUUGAAAAUGAAUGUUUCUUUGUAGAUCCAGAUGAAUCUUUUCACAUUGGAACACUAGAAGAAUACAAACUCAACUUAAUGCUGGACUUUCACAGACUUCUAACAGUGAAGCUUAAGUUUAGACUGAAGGCUAUUAAUCUGCAGACUAUUCGUCACCAGGAGCUCCCUGACUGUUACAAAUUUACUCUGACUAUAACGUUUGACAACAAGGCUCAUAGUGGAAGAAUUAAGAUACAUUUAGAUAAUGACAUUUCCAUGACAGAAUGUAAAAACUGGCAUGUAUCUGGAUCAAUUCAGAAGAACACUCAUUUCAUGAUGAUCUUUGAUGCCUUUGUUAUUCUGAUAUGCUUGGUUUCGAUGAUCCUGUGCAUUCGAUCUGUGAUUCAAGGAUUUCAGCUUCAGCAGGAAUUUGUCAAUUUUUUCCUCCUCCAUUAUAAGAAGGAAGUUUCUGUUUCAGAUCAAAUGGAAUUCAUCAAUGGAUGGUACAUUAUGAUUAUUAUUAGUGACACAUUGACAAUCACUGGAUCAAUUCUGAAAAUGGAAAUACAAGCUAAGAGUCUAACAAGUUAUGAUGUCUGUAGCAUACUUCUUGGGACUUCUACCAUGCUCGUGUGGCUUGGAGUCAUCCGAUACCUCGGUUUCUUUCAGAAGUACAAUCUCCUUAUUCUGACCCUUCAGGCAGCUCUGCCCAAUGUCAUGAGGUUCUGCUGCUGUGCCACUAUGAUUUAUUUAGGCUAUUGCUUCUGUGGAUGGAUUGUGCUGGGGCCGUACCAUGAGAAGUUUCGUUCUCUGAACAUGGUCUCUGAGUGCCUUUUCUCUCUGAUAAAUGGAGACGAUAUGUUUGCCACGUUUGCGGAAAUGCACCAAAAAAGUUACUUGGUCUGGCUGUUUAGCAGAAUUUACCUCUACUCAUUCAUCAGCCUCUUUAUAUAUAUGAUUUUAAGUCUUUUCAUUGCGCUGAUUACUGAUACAUAUGAAACAAUUAAGCAUUACCAACAAGUUGGCUUCCCAGCGACUGAACUUGGUACAUUUCUAUCAGAGUGCAAGGAUCUACCCAAUUCUGGAAAAUACAGAUUAGAAGGUGACCCUCCAGUAUCUGUAUUCUGCUGUUGUAAAAAGUAGCUAUCAGCCUGACCUGUGCUCUAGAGGAAAACAUCAUGUGAGCUGAGUUGGGAGACUAUAUGGAUAUUUUAAGAUCACAUGUAGCAUGUUCAAAGACUAUUAUUUUGAGCAAAUUGAUAGUGAUAACUCAUCAAUAACUAUAUUUAUAUUUUUAAAAGCAAUAUUUAACGUCUUUGCCGCUUUAUGUUUAUCUUUGAUGAGGGAAGCUGUUGGGUUCUUGUUCUUGCUUGUUUAUUUUGCCAUAGCUUUAGAAUGUUCUCUCUGCCCCCCUUUACUCUUGCUCUUACACUCUUGCUUCUGGCUCUUCUGACUGUGCUGAUUGUGUCAUCAGUGGGAAACAAUCCCUGGUCUGACAGUGACUUUGGACAACUCACUGACCAUGCCUGGACCACUCUCAGGGGUCCAUCCUGGAGAAGGAGGGGAUGGUUGCUGUAUAUCCAGGAAUCAUUGCGUUUUAAAAUCUUCUCUUAAAGGGCAGAAUAAGAAAGAAGCAACCAUCCACCAGCUAACAAUCCAAUAUUUGGUUCUGAAGGACAACUGUUAUUUCAUGUUGCUUUUGAUUCUGGAAAGGAUCAGGUUUUUUAGUAUUCGUAUGUAAGUUUUCUUUCCUCCUUCAGUGUUAAAGUACAAAAUUUAAAGAGUAUCCUAUACAUAUAUGAAAAUUAAAGCACAUACCAAAUGUAUAUUCAAUCCUACAAUGAUAAUUUUAUUAGUAUUUGCAUGGCUUUGUGAAAUCUGAUGUACUGGGUCUACUGUAGGCAUAUUUAGUCUCACAGAAAACAGUAGAGUUUUGGGGUCAGGAGCUGUGGUUUCAUAGGGAGAGGUUCUAUAAUUCACAUUAAAAAUGUUUUGGAAAACAAUUAUGCUCAAAAUUUAAAAACAAGUGGGAA